AUCAUUUCGAGAGUUAUCGGAGAGGUCGAGAGUGAUGAGUGUGGUGAGUUCAGAGACGAGUGGGGUGAGUGUUCCUGUGUAGCCAGCGGGGUCGAGGGUGAUUUGGUUGAUGCGGGUGUUGUCGGCGGUGCAGGUGAGGCCGCACGUGAAGUGGGUGCGGCGAGGGACGGAGCAUGGGUCAGUGGUGAAGUUCCAGGAUGCUAUGCAUGACCAUGGUGUUAUUGAGGAGGGUUUGAUUGAGGCCUUGAAAGCUUUUAGUGCUUCAAUGUCUGAGGAUGAGAAUCUACCAAGUGAGUUCGCUUCUGCAGUGCCCCAGACCAUCACUGUCACCCCAUAAGAGAAUGAGGCUAUUCAAAGGCUUCAAGAUAUGGGAUUUGAUAGAGAUCUUGUGUUGGAGGUAUUCUUUGCAUGCAACAAAAACGAGGACCUGGCAGCCAACUGUCUUUUGGAUCACCAGAAUGAAUUUGAAGACUAAGAAGAUGGUUCUGUUUCAUCUUCACCAGCUAUGCUUCUUUGAUGUUGUUGCUUAUCAUCUGAACUCUUUGGAGAAGUGGCAAUGUCAAUACUUAUUUGCUUAGCUUUAUUAUUGAUCCUUGUGAACCAUACUGCCUGUAGAUUAUUAAUUUCAGACCAUUGACUGGAAAAUAUAGAUGCCAAGAAAUCGAUAGGUGCUUUUAUUCUUCUGCAGCCGUAAUUUUUUCCAGCUUUGAUUUCUCUAACUUCAUUUAACUUAUUUUAUUAAGUGAAGGAUAUGGAAACUUGAAAAAGAUGGAACAAAUAGUUAUGUUAUUAAAAUCUUAGAACGUGAUUGUUGAGGGUGAUGGAUUGCGUCUGUCUUUCUCUAUCAAAUAAAUUAUCGUCAGAUGAAAAUAUCUACCUAUAAUCAUAGAAUGUGA